UCAAUAUGCAAACAGCAAAGAUAUCUUCUACUGCUAAUGGUGGCAACAAAUGGAAUUCCUCACGGUUUGCCGAACGUACAUCUCAAUUAACACAAGCACAAUUUCAAUCAAAUGGUCGAGAGGCACCAAGAGAUCGGAAUUCCAAUCGAGAGUUUUCCCUUUAUAUCAAAGUCAGUAAUAAGCAAAUAGAUUAUAGAGCACUAUUGAGCGCGUUUAGUCACUUUGGACCUGUAAAAAAUCUUGAUGUUGUGCCCGCUAAGUCAUGUGCUUUUGUGGAAUUCCAUUCCCAAGAUGUUUAUCAACGAGUACUCCAACAAAGGGAGAUUUCUGUUCCCGGCUUUGAAGAUGAGACUGUUGUAGUUGAAGAACGUCGCCAGGACCGACACCGUGAUCGGCCAAGACAUGACGAUUAUCAACGUGGAUCCCCAAAUUAUCGGACUGAAAAAAAAUCCAGGCUUACCCUUUAUGUUAAAGUUGGUAAUGAGCAAAUGAAUCAUGAUGUACUAUGGAACGCGUUUAGUUACUUUGGAUCUGUAAAAAAUCUCGAUGUUGUGCCUGUUAAGUCAUGUGCUUUUGUGGAAUUCUAUUCUCAAGAUGCUUAUCAACAAGCAUUACAGCAAAGACAUAUUUCUGUUCCUGGUUUUGGUAAUGAAACUGUUAUAGUUGAAGAACGACGAGAACGACGCAAGGACGAUAAUAACCGAUAUCGCAAUCAGCAAAGACGGUGGUAA